GACCUACCAAUCCCUAUUUUAAAACCAAAAGACGCGCAACCUGGCCUUUUGAAUUUGAGAAAUCGCCAUCAUUUCAUUAUAACAAAAGUUUCGUUUUAAAGUCUAAAAAGAACCAAAACCAACUAUGGGAGGUAAGCAGACAAAAAUCGAAUGCACGGAUUUUACUACUCCGGCGAGACCGAAACCAGAUGAUAUCAAUAUGUUCGAUCCAAGAUCGCCCAACUUUUGCAGAACUCCAAUCGAAAUUGCAUCGGAGAGUUCUAGUACUGGAAGAAUGGACGUGUUGCGCAAGCGUUUCUUGAAAGGAUUUACUUACAGUAUCAACGAUCCAAGAUCACCAAGCCUUAAUCGAACGCCUUUAGUAUUAGAGGAUUCCAAUGAAAGAUCUUUGAAUUUAGACGAUACGUUUGCAGAUUUAUUUAUUGGUCCGAGCCUUCCUACUUCUCAGGUUGCCGUGCAAAAUGCCUGUGACAGUGUGGGUAUAAGUGGGGAACACCAAGUUCAAGCAAUUGAAAAAUUACCAACCACACCGGUUGCAGUUCAACAACAAUUUGAUCCUCGUUCACCUUCUAUAGGAGUGGAUCGAACUCCGAUUAUAUUCAGUGACGAUGAAAAUGAAGCAAGCGAGGAUGUUGUACUCGAAAACAUUCUGUCAAGUCUUACGCUUAAAAUGGAUGAAAGUGGAAGCGUUGUCUCUAUAAAAACACCGGAAGAGACUAAAGUGCGAAACGAAUCUGAACUUGUACUGAAACCAAGCAAUAAACAGUUGGACCGUGUUAGGAAUGGCAAGAAAGCUGUAACAAAAGGUCAACAAAAAAGGCAAAAACAGAGGCUACGGCAAAAAAUUUAUGAAGAUUCUGAAAAUCAUCCCUCAACUCCGAAACUAAAGGUUUCCAACGCUGGUGUCACUGGCCUAAAGAAUGCACGAAGGACUCCUUUAAGUUGCGUACGGAAUAGCUCACAACUGCGGUCACGCUCAGUUGAUUCUCCAGGAAAAUCAAAUAAAACUAACACCGUGAUUAUGAGCAAUGAUGAUGCUCUAAUACCAAAUGAACGUUUUAGAAUCUCCAAUGUCAUGUGAACGCAUUACACAUUAUUCGCUUAUUUUCUAAACUAAAAUGAUAAAUAACAUUGAAAUAGAUAAUACUAUUAGUAAUGUAAUAUUUAGCACCACUUUUAUGCACAAAACAUGGUGUGCCAGAUAAUUUAAACUACCGUACGUCAGACAUUUAAUUCAUUUGAUAUACCUAAUAUAGAAAGGCGACGAUUUAAUAUAUCAAACCUUUGCAGUUAUGUUCAGAAAUAUGUAUAACUUAAUUACGUUAAUAUUUUAAAAUAUAUCCCAAAGGAGGCCAUUAUAUUUUGAACACUACUGUGUAUUUGCGCAGUAAAAGUAUAUAGAUUAAUAUACAAAAACUUUUAUUUUUUAAUAAAAAUGCAUGCAAUCAUUGAAAAAGAA